AUGGUUCCUUCUUGCUCCUUUCCAGACACAGCUGUACCACCAUGGGUCGGCUACAGUGAGGAGGAGACCAUGCAGCAACAGAUCCUGGCGUUGUCCGCUGUUAGUAGCAUUUCUAACGUUGUCUAUACACGUAGUGCAUUUAGUUUGGGAUUUGAUUUCAUGAAUUGGAUCUUAUCCCUAUCAGAGUGUAUCGUGUAGAUUGCACCUUUCAAUUCAAUUUGAUUAAAUUCAACACAUCUUUAUUGAUCUGUUAUUCCAGGACAGGAGGAACUUUCUGAGAGACCCACCAGCUGGAGUUCAGUUCCAGUUCGACUCUGAGCAGAUGUAUCCUAUCGCCAUGGUGAUGCUGCAGGAAGACGAGCUACUGAACAGGAUGCGCUUCGACCUGGUUCCCAAACAGUCAGCAGACAGCCAUUACAAAUCGAAUGCAUUAUUACACUUCCAACAUGCCUCGAUUCAACCCUGAGUUAUUUACAGAUACAGAUUGCAGGCAUAAAGUUGUCAUGUUGUCUAAUGUUGGUUGAUGCCAGCCCUGUCCAUUGAUCAGCCUAGCCUCUUAGAACCAGACAGAUUGCUGCGUUCAAGUGAAAAAUAAUGUUGAGCUAUCUCGCAAUCAGGCUGGUUCACAAAGCUUUGACCAGCCAUUGAAAUUGGAGGAAAUGUACACAUAUCUGUGUUUCCAUUUAUAUUAAAUUAUAGAUUAACCCUGAAGAAGAAAGUGAAAUUACGUUAUGUAUAUGUUAAUUACAUAUUCAAUGCUCUGUAUGUUUAGAGUGAAGGAGGAUGUGUUCUGGAGGAACUACUUCUACCGUGUGUCCCUAAUAAAGCAGUCGGCCCAGCUCACUGCCCUGGCAGCACAGCAGCAGGCUGCAGACUACAGAGAGGAACAGGAGACCAUCAGCCCGGAAGGUGUCAGCCUCACAGGUACUCUAUUCUGUUCUGUGGUUGGUCGGAAUUCAGUUUCUGUGAUCCUGACUUUAAAAACACUGCAUUGGUGUUAUGUGCAAAGCAGAACAAUUGGUGAACUACUUUCAAGCAACAGUUUAUAGCCGAACUUCUGUUUUAUGUUGUUGUCAUGCAGAAAAUACCAUCAGACCAAAAACACCUCCAGUAUCCAUUAGUGACAUUCCCAAGGGUGGAGCGGUGAGUCAAUGUUUUAUUUUUCGGAAGAAAAGUGAGUUCCUUUUAAUAAUUCUGUGCAUGUCUGUAUAUAGACCACUGAAAUACUGUGUAACUAUCAAGUCAAAUGUAUGAAAUGGUCUGGAUUAUAUUUCAUGUUGUUGUUAAACAGCAGGAGGAAGAGGAGAAUGAGAUCUCCACCAGCCCUGGGGUCUCAGAGUUUGUGAGCGAUGCCUUUGACUCCUGUAGCAUCGACCAUGAAGACCUGAGGAAGGAGAUGGAACAGCUGGUGCUGGACAAGAAGGAGGACGCUGCAACUCCAGAGGGUCAGUUCUAUAACUAUUAGAUCAUAUUUAGUGUAACAAACAACUAGCAAGAACUCCGGAGUUCUAUUGGUUGAUUUCACUGGAACCUAGAAGGGGCUUGGAUUUAAUAUAAUGGCUCAGUUGGUAGAGCUAGAUGUUGAAUUAGAGGGAGUGAAUGACGUGUUUAGCUCUUUUCUCCUCAGUCUGUAGCAUUGAUCUCAUAAUGCUGUUAUUUGUUAUUAUUUUUUUCAGAGGAAACAGCAGACUGGGAGAAGGAACUCCAGGCAGAGUUACAGGAGUAUGAGGUGGUGACGGAGGCAGACAACAAAGAUGACAACUGGGAUAAAGAGAUAGAGAAGAUGCUUCAGUCGGACGAUUAGAAAGAUGACCGACCCCUCUUGCUUCAGUCUAGUAUCUCUGAUAUGAGUGAGAGAGAGCACCAUGAAGGAUCAGAAACCAUGACAGUGUCUAGUCUAGACCAUAGAAAUCGAAUGGUAUAGAAAUUAAGGGAACUGCUGCAUACAAACCAUAUAAAGCUCUGUUGUUUGUUUCAGCACAUUCUAGAAUGGGAACGUCUAUGGGGGUAUUCUGAUCUGGUGGUGGUCAGGUGUUGAAAUACUGUAUAAUAUACAUUUUCUCUGUCUGUACAGUGUAGUGGCAGGCUGACAUUUUAGCUGUGAACGUUUAUGGGCUAGGAGCAACUGAUAUAUUGUUAUUUUUUCUCUACUCUGCUCUUUUCUUUCUCUGGAAUUAUUUUGCAGUUGGGAUGUGUACAUCUAUGCAAAUAAUACUUGGUUCUGUUCUACUCAAAUCCUGUCUUCAGUUUUCCCCUAAUAAAUAGACUUUUUUUCC